CUCUCCGCUGCUGCCCUCCUAUUCUUCUCUUUCUCUUUCCUCCCUCCCCCUUGGCUCUUCUGGCUGGCCGCCCUCUGCCUCCAGCCCGCCCCAGCCCCUCCCUUCCUUACUCCCCACGCGGGGGUGUGGGGGGGAAUGGCCCGGGGAGAGGAGGCGCGCACCUGGGGGCAGCCGUGAGCCGGCGCCCCCUCAGCCGCUCGGGCCACUUCGGAGGAUCCUCGACUGUGACGCGGCGGAGGCGCUGCCCUCGGCCCGGGGCUCCCACGGAGGGGCGGGGAGGGCCCUCGGGCAGGGCAGGGCGCGGGGUCUGGAGGAGGAUGUGGCCCGUGGCCCGGCUCUUGGCUUCUGCUCCCCGCUGAAGGGACUGGGAGGCUCGGGGGCGCGCUGCCCGGGACCGGGGGUCCCGCCGCGGAGCUUCACCCCAGCGCUCCCCCCGCAGCCAUGGAGUCCCCCACCAAGGAGAUCGAAGAAUUUGAGAGCAACUCCCUGAAAUACCUCCAACCCGAACAGAUCGAGAAGAUCUGGCUCCGGCUCCGCGGGCUGAGAAAAUACAAGAAAACGUCCCAAAGGUUGCGCUCUUUGGUAAAACAGCUAGAAAGAGGAGAGGCUUCUGUCGUCGACCUCAAGAAGAACUUGGAACAUGCAGCAUCGGUUCUUGAAUCUGUAUACAUCGAUGAAACAAGGCGGCUCCUGGAUACGGAAGAUGAGCUCAGUGACAUCCAGUCCGAUGCUGUGCCCUCCGAGGUCCGGGACUGGCUGGCCUCCACCUUCACCAGGCAGAUGGGGAUGAUGCUGAGACGGAGCGAGGAGAAGCCCCGGUUCAAAAGCAUCGUCCACGCUGUGCAGGCCGGCAUCUUUGUGGAAAGAAUGUACAGACGGACAUCAAACAUGGUUGGACUGAUCUACCCCCCGGCUGUGAUUGAAGCGCUGAAGGAUGUGGACAAAUGGUCCUUCGAUGUUUUCACCCUGAAUGACGCCAGUGGAGAUCACGCCUUGAAAUUCAUUUUCUAUGAAUUACUCACGCGCUAUGACCUGAUCAGCCGCUUCAAGAUCCCCAUUUCCGCCCUGGUCUCGUUUGUGGAAGCGCUGGAGGUGGGCUACAGCAAGCACAAGAACCCCUAUCACAACCUGAUGCACGCGGCGGACGUCACCCAGACCGUUCACUACCUCCUCUACAAGACGGGGGUCGUGAAUUGGCUGACGGAGCUGGAGAUCUUCGCCAUCAUCUUCUCAGCGGCCAUCCAUGACUAUGAGCACACCGGGACCACCAACAACUUCCACAUCCAGACUCGCUCAGAUCCGGCCAUUCUGUACAACGACCGAUCCGUCCUCGAGAACCAUCACAUCAGCGCGGCCUACCGGCUCCUGCAGGAGGACGAGGAAAUGAACAUCCUGUCCAACCUUUCCAAGGACGACUGGAGGGAGUUCCGGACCUUGGUGAUUGAGAUGGUGAUGGCCACAGAUAUGUCCUGUCAUUUCCAACAAAUCAAGGCCAUGAAAACAGCGCUACAACAACCAGAAGCAAUCGACAAACCGAAAGCCUUAUCCUUGAUGUUGCACACGGCGGACAUCAGCCACCCGGCCAAGGCCUGGGAUCUCCACCAUCGCUGGACCAUGUCCCUGCUGGAAGAAUUCUUUAGACAGGGUGACAGGGAAGCGGAGCUCGGCCUGCCUUUCUCCCCUCUGUGUGACCGCAAGUCAACCAUGGUGGCUCAGUCUCAAGUAGGUUUCAUUGACUUUAUUGUGGAGCCCACCUUCACUGUGUUGACCGACAUGACUGAGAAGAUUGUAUCUCCACUUAUCGAUGAACCCUCCCAACCUGAUGGGACUGGGCACAGGCGCUCGAGCUUGAAUAGCAUCAGUCCAUCAGAUGCAAAGCGAUUAAGUAUCCGGAGCACUGGGUCUGAAGGAAGUGCCCUGAUCAACAAUUCUGUCUUCACUGCGGACUAUAAAAGUUUUAAAGCCACUUGGACCGAGGUGGUGCACGUUAACCGGGAGAGAUGGCGGGCCAAAAUUCCGAAAGAAGAGAAAGCCAAGCGGGAAGCUGAGGAGAAAGCCAAGCAGGAGGCUGAGGAGAAGAAGAAGGAAAUGGAAGCCAAGAGUCAGGCCGAGGAAGGGGCGCCGAGCAAGCCCGAGAAGAAGAAGGCUGGAGAAGGCAAGGGCCAAGCUAACGGGGGCCGAGCCCACAAAAGCGAAAACCCUCAUGGGAAACAUCCUUCCAAAGCAGACAGAACCGGAGACAACAAACACACGGGUGAUGAGAAAAACAAGACAGAUAAGAAGGAUCAGUCCAACACUGGCAGCGAUUCCAAGAAAACAGACGAUCCAGAAGAAUAACAGCACACACACACACAAACACAGAGCCUGCAAUUUUCUUUCAUCAUUUUAGCUGAGCUUCUUCCUUCUUCUCCCUCUUCUUCUGCAAAGACCAGUUUCUGGGGGGAGGCUGACAAGUUUCCAAAAGCAAUCCCCUGACCCCCACUUGGCUGCCUCUCCCCGCCCCAACCUCCGCCUUCUUUUGUGGCUCCUGCACAGGAACAGACCCUUUAAGGCUUGAGGUUUUACUUUGGGGAGGAGGGCUUGCUUCUGAAAACCACCUUGCGAUUGGCACAAAUACACAGCUAGCUGUGGGAGGCCCGCCUCCGACCCACUGUUAACCCACUGUUAACGUCCUGGCUCCUAAGGCACUUGCCAGACAGGAUGGAGAUGGAGAAUGGAGACUUGGUGAGCAAGGCUUGGAAAGCCGCCCCAUCACCGCCAUCCUCAGUGCUCCCAUUUGGAAAGGUUUUCCCCCUAUUUUUCCUUUUUGGAUGCUGACAUUGGAGACAGAUGUUUUGACUGAAGUUCAAAGGCUUUUCUUAUCUCUUCUAUCUCCCUGGCUGGAAUCUGGAGAUAUUCCCCCUCUGUCCUCUCCUCACUUAGGAUUUGCUAAACUGCAGCUGUGGGCUUCUUCUCCACCUUCUCUGUUGUGAUGGAUUUAUAAAUGGAUAUUCACCCUACAGGAUCAUUUUAUCCAAACCUCAUCUGACUUUUCUUUGUGCAUUUAAUAUUAAAGUAAACCUGAAGGAAGGUGCCUGCCCCUUAGGGCUUGCUGGCUAAGGAGUUUCCACUCCGGGUUACCCCUGGCUAACCUCCUCUCCCCCUCUGGUAACUGCCAAGAGAUGAGGAGUGGGAGGUCGUACCCCUAAUUCUCGUUCACCUCAAUGGGAAUUAUUCUUUCUUGACCAGAUAGAGGUGAUUGACACGAUUGAUCAAAAAGAACUGGCAAAGCCCAAAAAGGUAAUCUGGUUCCUAGAAGAGAAUGAGGUACAACCAGGGGACACCCAUCGCAUCCUUUGGGUUCCCAGAGUUCCCGUGGCGAAUCUAGAGGAGGAAAAGACAUAUUGCAUGGAUGGGUUUCAAUUGUAUCAGUGACAGAAAUAUUCCCAUUGAGUAUUACGAGAUACCCAAGAGUAUCCGCUCUUGUUUUCCUGCACAGCCUAAUUGUCCAAUUGAUCAAAAAGGACCUACUAUGUGCCAGAUACUCUGUUAGGCCUUAGAUAUACAAAGAAAAAUUCAAAGCAGUUUCUAACCUCAAGGAACUCACCCCCUAAGGAAGGAGACAUGUCUAUAUACAGAGCAGAAUACAGAGCAGUGGCUAGUUGAGUGCUAUGAGGUGGACAGCCAGCUCCCUUUUGUGAUUCUCAAAGACUAGUUUAGGAGCUCAUGAUGGCCUUUGGCCACAAAGAGAAUUCCCUCCAAAUCAAUGGGAUUAAAGAUAAUCUUUUUAUGUGAUAGACCAAAAUCUAAAAUUAAAAGAACAAAAGGACUUUCUAUAGGGUAUCUUUGAUACCAUAAUAAGCCUGUCCUCUGAAAAGAGUGAUAAAAGAUUACUUACUUAUUGAAUAGACUACAAGGAGGUGGGCCACAAGACUAUUUGCUCUAUUUAAACCAUACACAUGCAGAAAAAUAUGAAGCUCUCUGGUGUGGACAACAGACAUAUACAUAUUACCAUUAGUUGUUUAUUUGACUCAAUUCAACAAGCAAUUAUUAAGCCCUUUCUGUGUCAGCUCUGUGGUACAUACACAGCUGCGAGGGCGACAGAGAUGAAAAGGAACAAGUUCCUGCCCUCUGGGAGCUUUCUGUUUAUAUUCAUAAUUAAGAGAGAGGAAUGGAAUGACCAAAAUGAAGCUUAAUUAAUUAUUUAAGAGUUAAUUCUCUCUGCUUUCAGGAUAGUCCAUGUGUUUCUAGUAGAGGCCACGGUCAUUAUAUUCAUUGGGUCUCCUUGGAGGUUGUCUGUCUCUAUGCGUUCCCAGGAGUGAGCCCAAGUUAGUUCCCAUCAGCCUUUGGGCUCAUGAAAUGCAAUGGCGGCCUUGUUCCUCUUGCAUAUCCUUGCACACAGAGCCUUAUAAACCAACCAGCAUCAGCUCUCCUGGGCUCUUACUUUUAAAAGCAAGCAAAUGUUUGCAGAACAAUAUUGGAGAAAACUGUGGGAAAUAUAGCCAUCCCCCGCCCCCAGAUUAUCAUCGCCCUACCAGGAGUAAGAAAGACGAUGAUGUAAUUCAGCUGUUUUAAAGCCAUACAGUGUUUCCAUUUGGGGAAAAGAAUGGGAAAGGAUGCGCAGCCAUUCCUGCAGCUUGGACAUGGAAGCUCUCAAGGACAUCAGUGAGAAAAUACAAAAAAAGCUCACGUGACCUUUGUAUUUAUAUCUUUUACAUGAACUUUAGUGGGAUUCUGCUAAAGAUGGAUUUAAAAAAACCUACUUCAUUGCCUGAUGUAUGUUUUUCAGAGAUGAUGGGGUCACAGAUUAUAAAUGGAAAGGGAUCUCAGGGGUCAUUUUGGCCUGCCCCCUCAUUUUGCACACUGCAGCUGAGGACCAGGGAAACAAUGACUUCCCUCAAGUCACACAACUAGAAAAUAGCAGAGCUGGGAUUUGAGCCUAGGGCUCCCUCCACCAAAGGCUACCCUUUUCCCAUAAUUCCAUAUCACCCUCACUUUUGCUCCCCAAUAGAUUUUUUUAGACUGGGGCUGGGAUUUCUUCAGUGUAUGGGAUUCCCAUUGUGGAAAUUCCUUCUACUGAUGUAACUCAGCGAUAUCUUCUACUCCUAAAGAGAUGCCAAAGGCAUUGGAAACUUAUGGCACUGGCCCUGGGUCAUACAAGUAAUGCAUGGUAGGGGACCCAUUGAUCCCAGGGCUUUCUAUUGCUGAGGUCAGCUUCUUAAACUGUGGUUCGCAUCCCCUUAUGAGAUCUUUUAACUGAAUGUGGGGUUCAUUUUCGGUAAGUGCUUGAUUUGCAUACCUAUUUUAUAUAUCUGUAAGGUACCUGGGGUCACGUAAUUAUUUCUUGGGUAAAAGGGAGCCAUGAGUGGAAAAAGUUUAAGACUCUCUGACUGUACCAUGCUGCCUCAUCUGCUAUCCAGAGUUUCAGAACUGAAGAGCAGUUUAGAAAAAUUCAAUUGAUUAGGUUUAGGAUUAAUUUAGAAAAAAGACUGAAGCCCACUGAAUCUCCUGUAUUUUAUCGAAAACUAUGAUUUUAAAGACAAAAAGGAUUUUAGAGAUCAUUUAGUGAAAUCCACCCAUAAAAGUGAAUCAUUUAGGAAGGAAAUUACAAAGCCAGCCUUUGAACCCAAGUCCUUUAAGGUCCAAUCUAGCAUUCUUUUCACUGCCAUCUUCUGCUCCACCCACAAUCCUGGAUUUUCAAUCAAAGAGGGCUGAUUGGUAGCAACUGGUGGGAUGGUGGAUUUUGUUCCUCCUUUAU